GAGCUGCGUCGCAUACCCAACCUGUCCUAGUACCCGUCUACGCAUAGGUAGUUCCCGCGCCAAUUUCCCCACACUAUCUCCGCACUUCCACCUCCCCCGUCUCAGUGCUCCCAUGUCAGCGCUCAAGAACCCCGCAGUACGUCAUGAUGUGCCACGAUGAACCGAGGUAGCCCUCACUGCCCAACCCCCACCUGAGUACAGCAAAGGAUCUUCAAAAGUGGAUGAUUAUCACCAGUCCAAGGUCUGACCCACCAUGCCUUUACAUCAGCAAACCGUUCAAUCCCGCGGCAUCUAUCACGGCCUCCCCGUCUACGAUGCAUCUGUCAAGGGCCUCACGGCCAUAAUUACUGGCGCGAAUGGCAUCUCUGGGUAUUACAUGCUGCGUGCGCUGGCGCAGGAUCCGGAGCGCUGGUCUAAGAUAUAUUGUUUAAGUCGCAGACCGCCUGCAAUUCCAGACGGACUGCCCAGCAACGCCGAACACAUCUCCCUAGACUUUCUCAAAGACAAAGAAGAAAUUGCAAAAGUGCUGAAGGAGAAGGGCGUAACCGCGGACUAUGUCUUCUUCUACAGCUAUGUGCAAGUCAAGCCCAAGGAAGGAGGUGGACUCUGGAGCGAUGCCGAGGAGAUGUGUAGGGUAAAUCUGGCACUUCUUGAAAAUUUCCUCUCCGCCCUCCCCCUCGCGAACAUCACCCCAAAACGCAUCAUGCUACAGACUGGCGCCAAAAACUACGGAGUCCACCUCGGCCCCAGCGCCACCCCGCAAGAAGAGCACCACCCCCGCGUCACCCUCGAGCCAAACUUCUACUAUCCACAGGAAGACUUCCUCUGGGAGUACUGCCGCAUCCACGGCGUAGAAUGGAAUGUCGUCAUGCCGAGCUACAUCGUCGGCGCCGUGCCCGACGCAGCCAUGAACCUCGUCUAUCCCUUGGGCAUCUACGCCUCCGUGACCGCGCACCUAGACGACACGCUCGAGUUCCCUAGCGACCUCAAGGCCUGGGAAGCAACCCACGUGGGGUCCUCCAGCAUGCUGAACGCGUACCUCGAGGAAUGGGCUGUUUUGACACCGCAGGCGAAGAACGAGAAGCUCAAUGCUGCGGACUCCUCCCCUUUCGCGUGGGGCACGUUCUGGGAGAAGAUGGCGGGCUGGUACGGCGUUCCUUGUGGCCGGCCGUCAAUGGAGCCAAAGGACUACACUGCUAUCACGACCCCGCACGAUCCGCCGCCGAGGGGGUUCGGGCCGCCGGCGACGCACCAUGUGCGCUUCACGCUGACGAGCUGGGCGCGACAGCCGCACGUGCAGAAGGCGUGGGCGGAGAUCAUCGAGCAGCAUGGCCUGAAGAAUGCACAGAAACUGGAGGAUAUGGACGUCGACCGCAUAUUUGCGUUUGCGGAUGGGAGUUUGCUGGGCGGGUCGCUGGAUCUGAGUAUGAACAAGUCGCGGAAGAUGGGUUGGCAUGGGUUUGUUGACACGAGUGAGAGUAUCAAGGAAGUGCUGGGUGAGUUUGUGGAACUGGGAAUGCUACCGCCUAUCCCAAAGUGA